UCACUUGUCAUUCCCGGAUGUCAGGGUAAACUUCACCUUUUACAAAUAAUAAUAAAGAGUAUUAGAAAUAAAAUUCUCAAUUAUGUUAUUUGUGUAGAUCUAAUAAUAAAUGACGGAGAUUGUGUAAUGCUUCCUAGGUUGUAUAAAUCUGAUGCAGACAUUCGAAAACAUCAAAUAAAUACUUUGAAAAUAUUCAAUGACAAUGUGACCGAAAUUAUCGAAGGCGAGGAAUAUGAAAUUUAUUUCAAUUCUGGAGGAAAUAACCUCUGCUUGAAAAUAAUUUUGACUAAGGAAUUCCCGAAGGAAAAACCGUUAUUGAAAAUAGUUCCUCGGGUUAUCCAUCAGUGGGUAUCUGAAGAGGGAGAUAUAAAAUCGGCACCUGGACUGCUCAAUUUUACAGUUCAUUCUGAUUUGGGAAGGGUGGUACAAGCAGUAAUUCGGGAAUAUCAACGGACACCACCUCCCCUGGUAACUAAUAACGUCUGCAACAAUACAUCGGCCGCAAUUCCCAUAAAUGGGGAAGUUCGCCCAACUCCAUCCACUUACCAAUUCUCAGUAAAGAGCUUUUCACCACCAUCACACAUGCCUCAGGCUGGGAACUUCCUUCCAAAUAUUGCAGUUUCAGAACUGAUAGGACUGCCGCUGGAGGAACUUAAAUUUCUAAACGAUAAUAGUGAUAGACAAGAGGAAUUUAUUGAAGAAGUCCCUAUAAUUAAAGAACAAAAUAGAGUUUUAGAUGAUGUGAUUUCACAGGUGGAAGAAAUGGCAGAAAUCAAUUUAUCCAAGAAAGAAAAAUUGGAGGAACUCCAAAGAGAUAUUGAUUCUAGAAUAGAAGAAGUUACAAAGUUAGCAUUUGAAAAUGAAAGACUGCAUGUUAUUUAUCAGACUUUAUCUGAUAAAUACACACCUAGGAACAUAAAGGAUCAACUAAGACUAGCUGCUGAGAAAGCAGAUGUAGACAGUGAGAAAGUGGCAGAAUCUUUUCUGAGUGGGGAAAUAGAUGUGGAUAAAUUCGUAACGGAUUUUAUAAAAAUUAAAACUUUAUCUCAGACGAGGAAGACGAAAGAAGAGAAGCUUGGACAGCAAUUGGAUAGGUUAGAAAAGGCUGGGUUCUGAUGGUUGCUUACGUCCAAUUAGUUCCUUAUAUUACAUAAUUUUUAUUAUAGAUAAGUUUAUUCUUGAUUAUUAAAAGUUGUUUUAGAAAACGU